CCGCAUACCAUUCUUCAGGUCAGACUCGUGAGGGUCGACUGCAAAUCACCCACUAACAAUUCCCGGCCACCAUUAAAUAUCUCUCGAUACCUUUAAACUGGAAAUCAACGGUACCAGCCACAUUACGAAUCGCAAACACAUGCUUGAUUAGCAUCAAUAAUCACUAUCGAACGACAUGCCCAAGGUCAAGGAGACGAGGGUUGCCCUGAAGGGCGAGAACCCAAAGAAGGCACCCAAGAUGUCCGAAACAUUGCGCCCGGCUCCUCCACACAGCGAGGAAGUCAAGACAGUCAGCGACAGUGACGAGUCCGACAGCGACAGCAGCAGUGGUCACAGCAGCGGUAGCGAGAGUGACGCAGAGAAGCGCAAGAACACCAAGAAGCCCAAGGCCUCCAAGGUGAAAGAGACGGAACCAAACAGCCCUCCGGUACCUGAGGAUAGCAGCGAAGAGGACAGCUCUGACUCGGAUGCCGAUCUGGCAGCGGCAGUCGCAAAGAACAAGGCUGGGCCCGCAAAAAAGACACCUGCUGCUGUGACGGCUAACGGUGCGGCAUUGAAGACGAAAGCGACAGCCAAGUCGAACAAGAGCUCGGAGAAGGUCACCGAGUCGGAUGACAGCAGCUCAGAGGAAGAGAGCGACAGUGAUGUCGAGAUGGGCGAGGCUGACAAGCCCGCUGCAGCACCGAGAGCUUCUGGACAAGCUGCCGAGCCAGCAGCAACAAGCAUCGUGCCCCCUCAGCCUUUCAAUCCUCCGCCAGGCUACAAGGUGCUCAACACAAAGUCGGCCCUCGCAAAGACCGUAAACACCAUCUUCGACCCUUCUACCAUCUCCUCGAAGCAAAUCUGGCACAUCACCGCUCCCUCGUCAGUGCCGCUCUCUGACAUCAAGUCUGUUUCGCUAUCCGCCAUUCAAUCUCACCAGACCAUUCUCUCUCACGACGGAACCGACUACAAUCUCGUCGAGGUUCCCACCAACAACGCACGCGUCCUCCUACCCUCCUCAAAGUCAGACGCCUACACGACCGUCGGUGUCCCCGUAUCGAAGACCCUCCACCUCCAACAAACCAUUCGCCUUCCCAACCUCUCUUCCUUCCAAACCGACCCCCUGACUGGCUCAAAUGCCGCCGCAAACCUCAAGACCCCUGCCAUAAGCACCCCUCGCCCCCAACCCAAAGGCAUGAGAAUGCGUUACAAGCCCCCAGGUUUCGGUCCUGAAGAUCCCGGUCUCAUCGGCUCCUCUGAAGACGAAAGCGACGCAAACGCAAAGCAAACGGCAAAAGAAGCCCGCAGCAAGCGCAAGCGCGACGAAAAGGAUGCGGCAGAGGAGACUCCGAAAGACAAGAAGAGGAGAAAGGCAGCAGAGGCAGCUACAAAACUGACCGAAGGCACCAGAGCAGAAGUACCCGAGACAGCAGAGGAAAAGGCAAGAAAGAAGGCCGAGAGAAAGGAGAAGAAGAAGAAGGAUAAGAAAUAAAUGGUGGUCCUUGCUUGCACAUAUCAUGCGUGGAGUUAUUUUUUUUUUGCUCUGACAAGAUUUUCUGGGGAUACAAAAGGGCGUUGUGACAUUGUAUGUAAGGCAUAUCAAAAAAGUGGGAAAGCAUUG